CAGCUGCAAGAAAAAGGGACUCCUGUAUUUUUAGAACUUUCCAUCUACUCCUUGAAUCCUUGGAACAACUCUAUGAGGGAGACUGUGUUUGGUUGUGCCGGUUGCUGACUGUCCAGUGGCCGCUGGCUGACAGUCCUGCUAGUAGCUGCAGUCUACUCCAAGCUCUGCUUACCAAGCUGUAUGUGAGCACCUCUGCCUGGGAGUAUGAGUGCUCAUGUGUAAUUUCUGCAAAGAUCCACAUGGGCUCCUGACAGCCCUGGCCUGCAUCUCAUGGCUUCUUUGUCCUUCCCCAAUUCUGGCUUCUCAGGACUCUGACCUUCCCCGGAAGGAGUGGGAGAAAAUGACCGAGUUUCAGGAGGCGGUGACCUUCAAGGACGUGGCCGUGACCUUCACCGAGGAGGAGCUGGGGCUGCUGGACUCUGCCCAGAGGAAGCUGUACCAGGAUGUGAUGGUGGAGAACUUCCGGAACCUGGUCUCAGUGGGACAUCUUCCCUUCAAGCCAGAUAUGGUGUCCCAGUUGGAGACAGAAGAAAAGCUUUGGAUGAUGGAGAGAGAAACCCAAAGAAACGGGCAUUCCAGUGAGAACCGCAAAGCUGUUAUUUCAGGCAGCAAGAAUCCCGAUGAGGUGGAGACUCUUGGAAAAGUCGCAUUAAAAUACCUUUCAUGUGAAGAGCCGUCUUGCUGGCAAAUCUGGAAACAGGUCGCAAGUGAUUCAACGUGCUGUCUUCAGAGGAGGACUUCCCAUUUCCUACAAGGUGAUUCUCUUCAGGUUUCUGAAAAUGAGAACCAUAUGAUGAACCACAAAGGCGAUAGUUCCAGUUACCUUGAAAAUCAAGAGUUUUUGAUUUUGAGAACCCAGGAUUCCUGUGGGAAUACGUAUGUGAGUGAGUCAGGGAAUCAGAGUAGAGGUAAGCAAACGAACGGGAAAAACAACCCACGUAUAUGUGAAACCUUCAUGAAGAAAUCACCCCUGAGUGAUCCUGUUAAAACUGACACAGAACAGAAACCCUGCAAAGGAGAGACACCGUAUCCCUGUAGAGAGUGUGGGAAAAGCUUCAGUGAUAGCGAAGUGCUCCCAGUUCAUCCGAGGGUUCGCCUGGGAGAGAAAUGCUCCCAUCUGCAAAGUCAUCAAAGAAUUCACCCGCGAGGGAAAGUCGAUAAAUGUCGUGAAUCCAGCGAUGGUUUCAAUAGGAACUCCUUUCGUCCCCGUCAAUCUAAUCACACGGGAGAGAAGUCCUAUAGGUGCGACAGUUGUGGCAAGGGAUUCAGUAGCAGCACAGGCCUUAUCAUCCACUACAGGACACACACAGGGGAGAAGCCUUACAAAUGCGAGGAGUGCGGUAAAUGCUUUAGCCAAAGUUCAAAUUUUCAGUGCCAUCAGAGAGUCCACACCGAAGAGAAACCGUACAAGUGCAACGAGUGCGGGAAGGGCUUCGGCUGGAGCGUUAACCUUCGUGUUCACCAGAGGGUCCACAGGGGUGAGAAACCCUAUAAGUGUGAGGAGUGUGGGAAGGGCUUCACGCAGGCCGCGCAUUAUCACAUACAUCAGAGGGUCCACACCGGGGAGAAACCCUACAAAUGCGAUGUCUGCGGCAAGGGGUUCAGUCACAAUUCCCCUUUGAUAUGCCACCGGAGGGUCCACACUGGCGAGAAACCGUACAGAUGUGAGGCGUGCGGGAAGGGCUUCACCCGUAACACAGAUCUUCACAUCCACUUCCGUGUCCACACGGGAGAGAAACCCUACAAAUGCAAGGAGUGCGGGAAGGGCUUCAGUCAGGCUUCCAAUCUGCAAGUCCACCAGAACGUCCACACCGGGGAGAAACGAUUCAAAUGCGAGACGUGUGGGAAGGGCUUCAGUCAGUCAUCAAAGCUGCAGACCCACCAGAGAGUCCACACAGGGGAAAAGCCCUACAGAUGUGACAUGUGCGGUAAGGACUUCAGUUACAGUUCAAAUCUUAAACUGCACCAAGUCAUUCACACUGGAGAAAAACCGUAUAAAUGUGAGGAGUGCGGGAAGGGCUUCAGUUGGAGAUCAAACCUUCAUGCUCAUCAGAGAGUCCACUCAGGAGAGAAACCCUACAAAUGUGAGGCGUGUGAUAAGAGCUUCAGUCAGGCCAUAGAUUUCCGGGUCCAUCAGAGAGUCCACACGGGCGAGAAACCCUACAAGUGUGGUGUCUGUGGGAAGGGCUUCAGCCAGUCCUCUGGUCUUCAGUCCCAUCAGAGGGUCCACACUGGGGAGAAGCCCUACAGAUGCGACGUGUGUGGAAAGGGCUUUCGUUACAGUUCACAGUUUAUAUACCACCAGAGGGGCCACACUGGUGAAAAGCCUUACAAAUGUGAGGAGUGUGGGAAAGCCUUUGGGCGGAGCCUGAAUCUUCGCCAUCACCAGAGGGUCCACACAGGAGAGAAACCCCACAAGUGUGAGGAGUGUGGGAAGGCCUUCAGUCUCCCCUCCAAUCUUAGAGUCCAUCUGAGUGUUCACACUCGGGAGAAACUGUUUAAAUGUGAGGAGUGUGGGAAGGGCUUCAGUCAGAGUUCUCGGCUUCAAGCCCACCAGAGGGUCCACACAGGAGAAAAACCAUACAAGUGUGACAUAUGUGGUAAGGACUUCAGUCACCGUUCACGGCUUACAUACCAUCAGAAAGUCCACACUGGCAAGAGUCUUUAAAAGUGAGAAGUCUGUUAAUGACUUCAGUCAGGAUGCACAUCUUCAAGGUUUUGGAGAGUCAAUGCUGCUGAUAAACUCUAUGAAGUAUUGAGAGUGGAAAGGGAUUCCUUCAGAUGGAAUCUUCCCAGCAAAUCCAUUAAAAUGGUGACAUAGAACCAUACACAGUAACGGGAGAAAUAGGUUGUAACCCUCUUGGUAAGAUCCACUUGAUAUAAAUGAUCUCUCAAAGUGAAUAUAUGCCUAAAGACAGUGUGUGAAAAGGAUAUUUGCCGUAUACUAACUAGUUUUUUUUGAGGGGGGAUGUCAAGGAGGGCUUUGGGGUUAUUUUUCCAUCAACUUCCAUUUUAUACUUGUUUACAGUGACUGUUAUUUUUACUAAAGCUGUAAAACUAUGA